AUGACGCCUCCGUUUGUGUUUAGCGCAGCGCUUUCUGGGCACCAAUCGGAUGUCCGCGCGCUCGCGUCCUAUCGUACGCCGCAAGGCGUGACGCUGCUGCUCUCCGGCUCUCGCGAUCAGACUGCGCGUUUAUGGCUCCACCACCCAGACGGGUCCUUUACGAGCACGGUGAUCGACAAUGGCAACGGAUUCGUGAAUGCAGUUGCAUUCUUUGAGGAUAUCGACGAGCAGCUAUACGCGCUCGUCGCCGGGCAAGACGCGCUGAUCAAUGCGUAUUCCAUCACGCUCGGCGGCCGCAUUGGCGCCGUAAAGCUCUCGAGUACGCCGCGGUUCACACUGGUCGGGCAUGUUGACAAUGUAUGUGCACUGGGUGUGUUUGGGAGCGAGUACAUUGCGAGCGGGAGCUGGGAUGCCACGGUCCGGAUUUGGAAGAACUGGGAGUGCGUCGCGACGCUGGCAGGGCACGAGGCUGCGGUAUGGAGUGUCCUGCCUAUUGAUGCCGACCGUGUCUUGUCGGCGUCCGCGGACAAGCGCGUGGUGCUAUGGUCCAUACGCCACGCAACGAUGCUAGCCACAUUUUCCGGCGCCAAGCAUCCCGCGCGCGCGCUGGCAAGUGUAGGAGCGCAGACAUUUGCGAGCAGCGGAAAUGACGGCGAGAUUCGGUACCACGCACUGAACAAGACGGACAGCGCGCCCAAUGCCACCAUUCCAGCACACACCAACUUUGUGUACUCGCUCGCGUCGCUGCCCAACGACGGCCUCGCGAGCAGCGGCGAGGACCACAGCGUGCGGAUUUGGCGCGAUACUUCGCUUGAGCAAGUCCUGACACUUCCGGCCAUCUCUGUAUGGUGUGUGUGCACGAUGCCGAACGGCGAUCUCGCGUGCGGAACAAGCGACGGGGUGGUCCGUGUUUUUUCGCGGGAUGCUGCGCGAGCUGCUUCCGACGAUGCACUGCGUGCUUUCAAAGCGGCUGUUGCGUCCCAGACAUUUAGUCCGACCGAGGUAGAUGCCACGACGCCCCGCGGCGAGCCUGCGAUCCUCAGCCAUCCAGGAAGAGAAGGCGAACUUGUGCUUGUGCAAAAUGGUUCGCACGCUGCACUGCACCAGUGGAGCGCUGCCAACCAGGAGUGGGAACAGAUCGGCCUUGUCACAGAUACUGCCGGUGCAGCGCAGAAAAAGGUGCUCGACGGGAAAGAGUAUGACUAUGUGUUUGACGUGGACGUUGCAGACGACGCGCCGCCGCUCAAGCUUCCGUACAAUGCAAAUGAGAAUGCGUACGAAGCUGCGAAUAGGUUCCUCCAGGCCAAUAACCUUCCUGCGAGCUACUUGGACGAGAUUGUGGGCUUCCUUGAGAAGAAUACCAAGGCGCUCGGCCUCGCCCCGCCGACAAGCGCCGAUCCGUUCACGGGCGCGUCCAAUUACAACAUGGAUGCAGCCGUGGAUCCGCUCACUAGCAGCGACGGAAUUCGCAGCGCCCAGCCGCAGCUGCGCACUUUUCCUCAAACGCAGUACCUUGCGUUUACGCAGACCAACAUGCCUGCCGCGCGUGCCAAAAUUGCGUCGCUCCAAGGCCCGGAUGCGCCGCUAUCGCCGCUUGCGCAGCGCGAGCUCGACGUACUGGUCGACGUGCUGGCACAUCCAAGCGCAGAAGCGGUGGAUGUACGUAUUCUUACCCAGCUGCUCUCGUCAUGGCCGCUUCCGAAGCGCUUUCCUCUCCUCGAUCUCCUGCGCAUUGCCGCGACGCAUAAAUGCACCGUGCCAUUCUCCACCAUUGCCGCGGAUGCACUCGUGGGUGCUGCAUGGGACAGCUUGGCACAAGCGUCCGAUACAAAGGUCGCAGAGACGAAUGCAAUGCUCGCGCUCCGCACCUUGGCGAAUGGAUUUGUCGCGCCGGGCGGCCCUGACGCAGUGCAGGCCAUGAUGAUGGAGACGCUGGCGACGAUUCGCUACGCGCCCUGGCGAGUUUUGAACAAGCACGGCCGUAUUGCGUUGGCGACCGUUGUGUACAAUUUUUCUGUGAAUGCCGUGCAACUUCGAGGAUUUGGCAAUGCAGGGAUGCUGCUCGACAUGACCAUCGAGCUGCUUUCCAACGAGGGCGAUAGCGAAAUGCGCUUCUUCCCUUCCGCGCCCGCAGUGCAGCCAAGCGUUGGAUCUUGCCGCGGCGUGCCCGUCCAAGAUUGA